AUGGCGAAGCUAUCCCUACAAUCAUCUUUCACAUGUCUAUUAUACAUCGCUGUCCUCUUUACUGCCACAAAUGCUUCACCUCUUCUACUACCUGGACUUUUUGCAACAACAACCACAACCACUUCAAAAUCCACUGCCACGCCCACAUUCGCAGCUACAAGCUCAAAAAUCCGUGGAGUGAACUUGGGAGGUUGGUUCAUAUUGGAGCAGUGGAUGAGUCCUACCUUGUUUCAACAAGCACAAAGCCUUGGACCUGCUGGAUCACCAGAACCGACAGAUCAAUGGUCCGUGAUGACAACGAUCAACAAUACCCAAAAAGCAACGCAAUUUUUACAAAAUCAUUGGUCAAGUUGGUUAGUCGAAUCGGAUUUUCAGCAAAUCAAAAUGAUUGGCUUGAAUACAGUUCGUUUGCCUGUUCCUCAUUGGACUUUCAAUUCUUCCGCUGACGAACCUUAUCUUGGUGGUGGUGCUGAAUUACCUUAUAUCAGUCAAGCAAUCUUAUGGGCUUCGAAGUACGGACUUGAUGUCAUGCUCGACAUGCAUACCGCACCAAACAGUCAAAACGGUUUUGACAGCAGUGGUCAUAUUGGAGCAGUAGGUUUUAAAGAUACAAAUGGACCUGUGAAUGCGGCUAGACUGAACUCCGCUUUGGUGUCUAUGACAAAGACUUUCGUCAAUGAUCCAAAAUACAACGGAGCAGUCAAGUACAUCGAAGUGCUGAACGAGCCAUUGUGCAGCUCUUUGGGUGCAGAUUAUAUGACCUACAUUUACCAAAAUGCAGCCAGCAUCAUCAAUGGAGCAGUUGCUUCGAAUGCUCGCUCAAAACCACAAAUCAUUUUGCAUGACUGUUUCAUUUCACCUUUGUCAAGUUGGUCUCCGGCUGUAUCUUCUGGUGGUGGUUUGCAAAACGUCGCUUUUGCCUUGGAUACACAUCGCUAUCAUGUCUUUGCACCUAGGAAUAACAUGAGCCUUCAACAACACAUCAACUUGACUCAUGCCGAUGGUGACGAGAUCGCCCAGGCAACCAACACUCUCAAGAGACAAGUCAUCACGGGAGAGUUCAGCCUCGCAUUGAGCUGUACAGAUUGUCCAACAGGUGUGUCAUCAACGACAAGUGCGUCUGAUAUUGCCAAGUUGAACAGACAAUUCUUUGAAACACAAACGACUGCCUAUGAACGAGGAGCAGGAUGGAUAUUUUGGAGUUGGAAAGCGGAUAACAAUCUACCUUGGAGUUAUAAAGAUGCUUUGGCUGCAAAUUGGAUUCCCUCCAAUCCAGCCGAGAAAUCCUUGGCUUUAUGAUGAGCUGAGAGUAUGUUGUAUUGAUAUGAUUUGUAUAGUAUGAAAUCGCAUUCAUUCGUUGUUGUUGAAGAACCGGUUGUAAGAUAAGCGCGGGAAGGAAAGCUUGACUGUUUACGUAUGCGCG